UUUUUUUUUUUGGUUAUCUUCGGUUUUAUUUGGGCUUUUUCGUACGACUUGUCCACUACCUAUGUCCUGACUGCUCAUACAAUGCUCGCAUAUCUGAUAAACGUUUAACAAACCUGAAAUAAAAACGCAGUCAAAGAAAAAUGUCUCGGAACAACUGUAAAUAAAGUUUGGCCGUUUUGAAGCAGUCAGCUGCUCCUGUACCACAACAAAUAUGGCGUCGGGAGGCGGCUAACUGAGUGGUAGAAACGCUGGACAUUCUCCAAAGCUUGUUUUACUUAACAUUUGUAUAGUUAUUAACAGAUUAUAUUUGCUCGUGUUGCUCUAAAGAUGGAGUCCUCCCCUUUUCCAGAGGAGGUUUCGGAGAGGAAAGUGUGUGUUGUCGGCUCGGAGCUGGUGGAAAACUACACUGUCUACAUCAUCGAGGUGACGGAUGGAGAGCACAGAUGGACGGUGAAGCACCGAUACAGUGACUUCCACGACCUCCACGAGAAGCUGACAGCAGAGAAGAAGGUUGACCGACGGCUGCUUCCUCCGAAGAAGAUGUUGGGGAAGAACUCAAAGAGUCUGGUGGAGCGGCGGCAGAAGGAGCUGGAGCUCUACCUGCAGACGCUGCUACUGCAGUUCCCACAGGCCACACCCUCUCCGCUCGCCUGCUUCCUGCACUUUCACCUAUAUGAGAUCAACGGCAUCACAGCAGCACUGGCUGAGGAGUUGUUUCAUAAAGGUGAACAGUUGCUGCAGGCCGGCGAGGUCUUUUCUCUCCAUCCUCUGCAGCUUUACUCCGUCUCCCAGCAGCUCCGUCUGGCCAAACCCACCUGCUGUAACGGAGACGCCAAGACCGACCUGGGACACAUCCUCGACUUCACCUGCAGGCUGCGAUACCUCAAGAUCUCUGGUACCACAGGUCCAGUAGGAACCAGCAACAUCCAGGAGAGCAGUCUCCCCUUCGACCUGUCUGUUUUCAAAUCGCUGCUGCAGAUAGAGAUCAGUGAGUGCAGCUCUCAGCAGAUUCAAGGUCUGUCGUCUCUGAGGUCGAGUCUGGCAACUCUGAGUAUCCACCACUCCACAGAAACUAUGAUGUCGAUCCUGGUCCCGGAGGCGAGCGAGUUCUCUCAGUGGGAAGUUGAGGGGGCGGAGUCUGGCUGUGCCGUCACCGCCGUCAUCCCCGUGUGGAGAAACCUGACCACGCUGGACAUGAGCCGCAACUGCAUCAGUACCAUCGACAGCUCAGUGAAACUGAUUCCUAAGGUGGAGUUUCUGGAUCUGAGUCACAACCAGCUGUCCUCAGUGGAAAACCUCCAGCACCUGUACAAUCUGGUCCACGUGGAUCUGUCCUACAACAACCUGCGGGUCCUGGAAGCUGCUCACACCCGUUUAGGCAACAUCAAAACCCUCAGCCUGGCCGGCAACCAGCUGGACCAACUGACCGGCCUCACCAAGCUCUACUCGCUGGUCAAUCUGGACCUCAGCCACAACCAGCUGGCUCAGUUGGAGGAGAUCAGGAACAUCGGCUCUCUGCCCUGUUUGGAGAAACUCAACCUGUCCAAUAACCCCAUGUGCAUCAUCCCUGACUACAGAACCAAAGUCCUGGCCCAGUUUGGAGACCGUGCAGCAGAGGUUUGUCUGGACGGUAAAGUGACGACAGAGAAGGAGCUGGACACAGUGGAAGUGUUGAAAGCCAUUCAGAAAGCCAAAGAAGUCAAAGAUAGGAUGAGCAGCGGUGACAAGAAGAUCAGUGAGGAGACCAGGCUGUCUGCUGCUGCACCUCCUCCCCUCUCCUCUUCCUCUCCCCCUUCCUCUUCCUCCACCACCUCCUCAUGCUGCUCCUCUGCUGUCGCUCCUCCUGCUGUCUCCUCUUCCUCUUCUUCCUCUUCCUCUUCCUCCUCUUCCUGUCCGGCCCAGCAGGCUGCCUGCCCCAGCCAAGAAGUGACGAGCAGAGAAGAAGCCGCAGUCCCCCCCAGCGUUCUCCCUCCUGUGGACGCUGCACCUCCCCCCGCAAGCUUUAACACCAACACACACCUCCUGUCUGCUGACACCACCCAGGUACAACAACCUGCUGUCAGUCUGUCUGAACACACAUACUGUGGAGCUCCUACAAGCAUUACUACGACUGUAACUACUACUACUGUCUGUUGUGUCUGCUCUUCUUCCUCCUCCACACAAAUUGAAACCAGUUGCUCCACCUGCAGCGCCACUUGGUGUCCUCUUCUUCCUACUCGCCUGCUCUCCCUCUCCUCCUCCUCCUCCGACAAAGACUUCAUUAUCCAGCUCUCCCAGCGUCUCGGCUCUACCUGGAAGGAGCAGAAGAAGAUGGAUGAGGAGGAGGAAGAGGAGGUGGAGGAGGAGGAAGAGGAAGUGGAGAGAAAAGAGAGGAGGUCUGAAUCCAGAGAGGUUCAGUCCCAUGUAGAGGGCACAGAAGUGGGAAGUCCCAGUCCAGGUUCCAGGGACGGCUACUUUGAGAUGGGUCUGGAUGAUUCGGUCGAGGAGUCGGUCUGCUCUUCCUCCACGUCACUCGCUGCUCCUCCUCCGGGGCCCAGCGACCAGGGGGAGCUGCGUGAAGAGGAAGAGGAGGAGGUGCAGGUCCGCAGGGUUCUCUGGUGCUACUGUCUUCAGGUGAAAGAGGAGGUGGAGCAGAAGGAGGCGUGUCUGGUGCUGACGGACCGGCUGUUGGGCCUCUUGUACCUAUCAGAGGAUUUCACAUGGACCAAUCAGGACGCAGACCAGCAGCAGAGUCCGACCACAGAGGAGGUGCUUUCCGGCCUGCAGGUGAACCUCCUGCUGCCCUACUCCCAGCUCCUGCUCUCCUCUCGAGAUGAGCUCCCUGACUCCUGUCUCGCCUUCGGGCUCCGGGACGGUCCGACCCGCUGGUACAUCUUUUCCGAGGCCGAGGAGCUGCGGCAGACCAGGACUGAGCUGACGGCACUGAUCCAGGCAGGAGAGUUUCAGACCGAUCCGGAGCCUCUCAACACUCCUCAGCUCCUCCCCCGCUUGCUCCUAAACUCCUGGGAGCUGGAGGAGAGUCAGGCAGCCCGGGGAGGCUACCCUGCCCACCUCCUCCCCUCUUCCUCCUCCUCCUCCUCCUCCUCCACCUCCUCUGCCUCAGACACCCACUCCCUCCUGUCAGACAUCUUACCCAAGAACGAAGAGCCCACACUCCCUUCUCUCCUCUUCCUCACCCACCGACACCUCUGGGUGCUGAAGAUGGACUUCAGAGAGCUGGCAGAAAGAGAGAGGAGCAGCACUGACCUUCAUCACCCCUCCUCCUCCUCCUCCUCCUCCUCCUCCUCCUCAUCCUCAUCCUGGUGCAGGCUGGUCCGUGUGCCCCUCGGCUCUGUGGUGCUUCACCCCAGAGAGAGAGCUCAUCAUGUUGGGGAUAAAACCAGCAACACGUCCUGCCCCGACCCAAAACACCACCACAGGAGGAGUCACACUGUGGAGCUGCUGCUGGGAGGUCAGAGGCUGCUGCUGCUCUUCCCUCUGGCCCGGGACAGAAACUCUUUCCUGGGGGAGCUGAGCCAGCAGAGAGCCUCUCUGGAGGGGCUGAAGAUGGUGGCUCUACCCCGACCCUGCAGACCCUGUCCACAUCAGGGACAACACACACAAGGCCGUCACAGAUCCAGAGACCAGUGCUGCUGCACCAAUACCAAGAAAUCACACGGCUCCAGCAGCUGGGACUCCUCCUGUCUCCAGGUAGAGGAGAACCAGCCUUCCCCCCAUCUCACCCCGGGUCUCUCCCCAGGAUUGAAGCUCCUGGCUGGGCUCGGAGGACAACAGCUGCUGCCUUACUUCCACAGAUAUAUAGCACUGUCUGAGGCGGAGGAGGUGAGACAGGUCUUGUGGCUGUCUGUGGUUCUCUACAAGUCUCCAGAGACUGAGCUCACCUGCUAUCUGCUGCUCUCCACUGAUACGAUCUACUUCCUGUUGGAAGACGCCGCCUCCACACUUGGUCAUCACUCAGUGUUGGAUAUAACGGACUCUGGAGAUCCAGACGUCUGUCUGUGCUGCUGUCUGUCCAUCAGACUCUCUGAGCUGCUGUCUGUCAACGUGGGACUGUUCGACCAGUACUUCAGAGUCGUAGGUCGUUCGGCCGAUCACAUCGUCUGCUGUCUCAGCAGGGACAGUUACGGGACGGGCGUCUUCCUGCAGGAGCUGAUGUCAGCUCUCAGUCUGCAGCAGCAGCUUCCUCCUCCAGAGCCAUCAGAUCAGGACUUCUACUCCCAGUUCACCAACACAAACACAGGUAAGAUGCAGAACUAUGAGCUGGUCCACAGCAGCAGGGUGAAGUUUAUUUAUCCCAGUGAGGAGGAGAUGGGAGACCUGACCUUCAUCGUGGCAGAGAGGAAGACUCCGGCCAGUGCAGCGUCUUCAUCCUCACGCUCCUUCAACGUCCUGCUGUACCUGCUGGUCUUCCAGGUUCAGAUCCCCAGCACUCUGUCCAGCCAAGGCUCCACCCUCUCAGGCUCCUCCUCCUUUACUGGCCCCGCCCCCUCACCUGUACUCCAGCCCAGGACUCUGAUCCUGACUAGCACAGAUGUGUUCCUAUUGGACGAGGACUACGUUAACUAUCCGCUGCCGGACUUUGCCAAAGAACCUCCCUCCAGGGAGCGGUACCAGCUGCGUGAGGCUCGGAGGAUCCGGGACCUAGACCGGGUCCUGCUGGGCUACCAGACGUACCCUCAGGCUCUGACCCUGGUGUUUGAUGACCUGCCCGGCCCCGACCUGCUCUGCCACCUCACCAUGGACCAUUUCGCCGCCGGAGGGGAGGAGUCCUCGCUCAGGACGGGUGGAGCCAGCGGGGGCGCUGAGGGCGAAGUCCAGUGGUGCGUCUUCGUCCCGGGAGCCGACAGCAGAGAGAGACUGAUUUCACUCCUCGCUCGCCAGUGGGAGGCGCUCUGCAGCCGGGAGCUUCCUGUUGAGCUCACCGGCUGAUUGAUCGACGGGGGAAGACGGACAGAUGGAUGACUGUUCAGCACCUUGUAUGUUGGUGGGAGCUGAUUGUUUACAGACGGAUUCAGUCCUGAUUUACUUUUGAAAGGCCUCAAUAUGCUUCAAGUGAAGUUACAAAGUGUCAUCUGCCGUCAUAGAGAAGGUCGGUGAACCAUUCAAACAGGGAUAGAUGAGCACCUUUUCAGACAAUCCAGUCAAAAGGAUUCAUCGUGUGCUAUUCAGUUGUUCACAUGAAAAUAAAAGUAGUUGUGUGAAGAGCGCCAUCUUGCCAUCUACGAAGAUAGCAACAAAUACUUAGUAUGAGAUAUGAGAUGAGAAAAAUACUUUGAGUUGUGUCUUUACGCUCUUGUGAUUGGCAGUGUCGAUGUGGAUUUUUGUGAUCAAAAAGUGAUCAAAAUGCCAAGAAACACUUCAUUAAACACUGCCAGUGUGGAUUACCCUUUAAAACUCAACAUAUGCCAGUUAAACAGUAGAAUUACAGUGUUUGCAUUAAGGAGUGCUUGAUCGACUAUGUGUCUUUCGCAUGUCGUGGCAUUGAGACGACAAGCGGUGCACACUUUAAGUCUCUUCUCAAAGACGUUCAUGGUGUUGAACACGGUUGCUCGCAUGAAAAGGGACAGAUGUAGUUGUGUGAAGAAUGAAAAAAGAGGGUGUGAGAUAGUUGAAACCCCACCCAUGUUCACACCUCCACACACCUGGCCAAUCACUGCGUAAAGUGGACAUGAUUGACACAUUCGCAAUUUCAGAAAGUUACAAAAGUUGACAGACGCAGACCCCCCAUUUCUGCUGUUGGAAGGAUGUGUGGGAGGGGGGGGAGUGGCACUUUCUUUGAAGCAUACUGAGGCCUUUAGUCUUACUUUUACAGAUUGAAAGGGACGUGGCUCUGCCCACACACCAUUUGGUGUCUACCAUCGGAAAAAAACUGAGGGUAGCGAUACCCAGCAGACACCAGACUGCCAUUACAGACAGUAGGAUGAGCCUGUGACCUCAGGAGGAGCCGAUAUAGUGGGAGUUUCUGGCUCAACUUCAUCCUCUUGCAAAGCGUCUCACAUAGAGGAGAUUUACAGAUUUAGUGGGUGACUUGACAGACAGACAGACAGACAGACAGACAGACAGACAGACAGACAGACAGACAGACAGACAGGUGUUGCUCAGCAGGGGGCGCUGCAGACAGUCCACAGGAGUUUGGAUUUUACUCAUCAUCAUCUUAAAGAAACAGUUUGUCAUUUUUUGGUAAAUCUUCUUGUUGUGUCCUCUCCAGAGUCAGAUGAGCAGAUGGAUAUCAGUUUGGAAGCAGGGGGAAACUGUUAGCCUAGCUCAAUCAAAAAAAAAAAAAAAAAAAAAAGCAACU